AUGAUUUCGUCCGGCUUUACGAAUGCGCCUGUCUCGCAAUUCCUCGUCUUCUCGACCGUUAUCGGCGCUAUACUUGCGACUUUCACCGACACGAGAUACUAUCUACACAUUCAGGUUGUGCCGCACAUAUGGAGUUAUAGGCAGUUUUGGCGGUUUGCCACAUGGCAGAUAUCCUUCACGAACUCGACAGAAGUCCUCUUCGGCGUCCUAACAUUUUACCAACUCCGGGUCAUCGAGAGGCUAUGGGGGAGUAGGAAGUUCGCUUCCUUCCUCCUAGCUACACUCCCCUACACAACGCUCCUCCCACCCCUCUUGCUAACCUUCGUCCUCCGUCCUCUCUCGUUCGGCCGCAUAAACUACCUUCCCGCUGGCCCAACACCGAUCCUCUUCGCCCUCCUCGCAAACUAUUACGCUGCAAUACCGUACACGUACCGCUACAAAAUCUCCCCUUGGGCAUCAUCAUCUCCACAAUCAAAUACUCAAGCGCUCUCGUCUCUAUGGUCUCGCAGCAUAACUCUGACAUCAAAGACCAUGUCCUACCUUCCACCCCUGCAACUCGCGCUCUCUCAGUUCCCGGGCUCGCUGUUAGCGGCAGCAGUGGGCUGGGUAGUGGGGACGGCGUAUAGAAGGGAUUUACUGCCUGGCGCGUCGCGAUGGAGGGUUCCGGGGUGGAUAGUGGGCGAGGAGAAGCAGAAAGGGUUUGAGGGGCUGCGGGCGAGAUUAGAUGCAGAAAGGGAUAGGGAGGGUGGUGCGAAUGGACUUGCGACGGGGAUCCUGGCUGGUGAGACUGGGGAAGGAGGAGGAGCGAGGAGGCGGACGCUGGGAGAGAUGGUUACUGAGCAGUUUAGAGGGAGGAGUUAG